UGUUUGAUCCUGUCUUCUCUGAUCCUCACCUACUUCCAUUGUCCUCCACUCAUCUCCAAAUAACAGUCUUUGGCUUCACUCUUUACAUGCUCAGUUUAGUUUUUUUUUUUUCUUGGGAAAGUGCAUGUGAUCAGCACAGGGCCAAUCAGCACUGUCCAGCCAGAGGUCAGGGGUCCUGCAUCCUCCUGGAACAGAAUGAAAACUCCACCUUUAACCAGUGCUCAGCUGUACACUGAUAGAAGUCACAAGACUGCUCUAACUGCUGAUGAGAAAAUGUAUUUAGCAGUUUAUAUUUACUAA